GAUCGAAAGAGAAAGGAUUGGGUUGCGAGCGUAUGAAGAUUCGCGAAUGAUAUCAAAAAGAGUUGGGCUGAUUGGCCAGCGAGUAGAAAAUGAAACGCAUGCGCGCAAAGUGAGACGGUCGAGCGCCCUAUCAUCGUUCGGUGAGAAUUUCCAGGAACGAAACUCGCCGAGAAAGAAAGAUAGAGAGAGAGAAAGCAAGCCAGGACAAAGCCUCUACCCUCCCUUGUAAUGCCGCGGUGUAAGCGGUCUAUCGACAUCAUUCAUUCUCCUCCGUACGAGAAACGACUGUGGUGCAUGCACACGACAUGGACGCGUCAUCGUGAAUGGCGCCGGUGGUGAAAAGUUUCGCUGUGCGAGUUUUAUCAAUCGUAAUUACGUUUAACAGUCGCCUAUGGAAGAAGCAGUAUUUGAGAUGGACGCUUACGAGGAGAGUGCACGAUCGAGAGGCUAAAGGAACGCGGAGGGAAGCAAAAGAAGAAACAGAGGAAGAGAGAGAAAGAGGGAAAGAAAAAAGAAAAGAAAAAAGAAAAGAAAAGAAAAGAAAAGAAAAGAAAAGAAAAGAAAAGAAAAGAAAAAGAAAUGCGCUCCGAAGUAGAGAGAUGAACGUGGAGAACGGCUAAGAUUCCAGUAUGAGUGUCCAUAAAAGCGGACGACGAAUAUCGACGAGACUCGCUCAGUUAUAAAGUGGACAGAGACAGCCGUGCGCUGCAACACACCUGCACGGUGUGCACGCUCCGAUGCGUUGUUGGAGACCUACUAGUAGCAGGUUGAACAGUAAGAUCUCUGAGCACAUUUCGGCUUCUGUAACUCCGCUCCAUGUUUGUCUGGAGGAACAAAGAGGACCAGAACUGGGCUUAUGUGACGCCUCAGCUCACAAGCCACAGGUCAAAAAGGUUUCUGAAAAUUACAAAGCACAAGAAGAGGCUGCAGAGGAAAAAUUGGAGAUUGGACUAGUUGUAAUUGAUAUCGAGGAGGUGGAGCUAAACCCACCUAGCAUGGCCAAUACUAUUAGUAAUAUGAAAAUGACUAACCCCAUAAAGGGGCUUGUCAGCAAACGUCGUAAACGUUUCAAAGAAGAUGGCUUUGAUCUUGAUCUCACAUAUAUACGAGAUAAUUUAAUAGCUAUGGGGUUUCCUGCUGAAAAGUUGGAAGGAGUAUACAGAAAUCAUAUUGAUGACGUCGUCAAACUGCUGGAAUCUAAACAUAAAGAUCAUUAUAAAAUUUAUAACUUAUGUUCCGAGAGGUCCUAUGAUUUUAACAAGUUUAAGCAAAGAGUUGCUACAUACGCUUUCGAGGAUCACAAUCCACCAAGGUUGGAACAAAUCAAGCCAUUUUGCGAAGACGUACACAAGUGGCUUUCUUUGCAUAAAGAAAAUGUAGCAGUAGUACACUGUAAAGCAGGUAAAGGACGAACUGGCGUUAUGGUAUGCUGCUACCUUCUUCACAGCAAACAGUUUUCCACUGCCACGGAUGCUCUUAACUAUUAUGGUACCAAAAGAACACACGAUAGGAAAGGAGUAACAAUACCUUCUCAAAGGAGGUACGUGAGUUAUUAUGCUACUCUCGUUCAAGAGGGUCUAAAUUACCAGCCAAUUACAUUAAUUCUACGGAAAAUUCAAUUGGAUCCAGUUCCCAUUUUUAACGGGGGCCAAGGCUGUAAGAAUAAUCUGCAUUUUGUAAUAUCAGAAUCAAAUAAGAAGGUAUUUAGUUCAGAAGUUCAUGAGGUACGAAAAGGAAUGCAUUCUAUUUGUAUUCCAUUACAACAUAAUGUGCCUCUAACAGGUGAUAUUCGAGUGGACUUCUAUAAUAGGCCAAAAAUGAAGAGAAAGGAAAAGCUGUUUCACUUUUGGUUUAAUACAUUUUUCGUACGCGAACACGUGUCAUCCGAAUACGAUAACGGCGAAUUACCGGUUGAACGAUCUACGAGGGCAUUGAGCUGCGACGGUACAGCCAUGGAAUUACCGAUGGUCAUGUCACACGUUAAGCCUCGAACAGGAUCUCUAGCUAGCCUUGGACCCAUGCCACCUACUCUUGUUUUGAACAUAGACAAGUGGGGCUUAGACGACGCACAUAAAGACAAACAUGACAAAAUCUACAGUGCAGAUUUUAAAGUUAGUUUAUUUAUGCACCGAGUUGGUGGAAGUAAUUCGCCGGCUGUGCCAGCGACAACGAAUAGAUUGGGAGAGGGUGUACAAAUAGGAAUGGGUGGUCAAGAAACGCCCAGUGAAUCCAGUGAAGCAGAUAGCAGUGAGUGCGAUACAACGGGAGACGAAGAUGGUUGGGAAUCUGGUGAGUCUUCUGCAUCUCUGGUGGUGAAUCACCACAAUCUUACACACAGCAGUAGCCAUACACAUGUUAAUACCCACCAAAGAAUUAGUCUCAGAGAAACAGCUAAAGGUCUACUCUCGCGUGGAGAUAAAAGUAGGGGUAGUCCUAGGCAAAGCACUGCUAGUGUAAAACGUUCUUCAACGUUUGUACGUUCAUCCACGUUAGAUACAUAGUCGAUUCGCUGCUUUUGGUACUUAAAAACUGAGUUCUUUCAACUGGCAUUAAACUUUGCAGAUUUAUAUAAUUCCAGUUUUUGGGAUUUUCGAAAGGUUUUGUAGUGUAUAUAUAUAUGUAUAUAUAUAUAUAUUUAUAUAUACACGCAAUUGCUCGAUAAAAGAGUACAAUCUAAAGACAUUUAUUAUUUGACUUUUCCGCACUAUUUUCAGCAUGAAAUGUGGUUAAGCAUCUAUUCAAAAUGUAUUAUGAUUCUUUUUUAUUUUGAUCAUGGUUGGAAAUUCUUGCAAUCCCGUUUUUUAUGACACACGCUUUUUAUCGAUCUUUCAUUGAAUGAUUAGUUUUAUUAAUUUCUUUUUUUUUUCUAUUAAUUUUGUAAAUAAUAAUGAGAAAUUUCUUGGAUAGUUGUAAUUAAAAAUAAGAGAACGGAAACGAUGAAUUUGUGCUGAUACAUAUUUUUGUAGGAAAGUUAAAACGACAAAGGCAAUAUAUCCAUCUCGUCUUUGAAUUAAUUUAAUCUAUCCUUUCGUGCAAAGCAAAAAAUAUGAUGGUACGAUAUUUAAAAAUAUACAAAUCUUACCAGAGCACAAAGUUAAAAGUUUUUAUUGCACUAUUAUAUUAUUUGCAUGUCUUACAGUAACUCCUUGCCUUCUUUUUGGGUAUUGGAUUAUUAACAACUAUUGAUAAGUAAUUAAGAAUCUAUUUUUAAUUGAUUGUCUCAUUGACUAUUCUAUCUGUUUCUACAGUAUUAAGUGUUUAAUCCAACUUGUUUUGAAAAAUUUUAUUAAACUGCUUCUGAAAUUAUGAAAUAGGGUUAUUGUGAAUAGUCAAUCUUCGAUGUGGUAGUUCUUGCCCAUCAGCAAGUUUGUAAUUUCCAUGUGACAUAUUAAUAUAUGAUAUAGUACAUUUCAAUUAUAUGAAAUACGAUGUUUGUUGAAUUUCUUGCUAUACGCGCAUAUAGUGAAAUUACAAACAUUAUCGAUUUUAUUAGUUUAUAAUACAAGAUGUCUAUAUCUAUUCAGGCAUAGAAAUACUUGUCAAAUUUAGGUUUCUAUUUCUAUUAAAAAUAGAGAGUUGAUAAUAUAUUUAAAAGAAAAAUUAUAUUAUAGGGAUGAUCGUACUUUGGAUAUACCAAAGUCUAUUUGUGUAUAUAGACUGUUACAAAUAAUU